UGAGAACCCACAGAAUCUGCUGUAGUCCUAGGGGGUCAGCUCAAUAGGAUCAAGUUCCAAUAUCUUUCACAGCCCCGACUUAAAGGACUAUCCUGCCAGUAUGUCACUCAAAGCCAUCUUGACCUGGAUGAGACUGCCCAGCGCAGAUAGAGCCGUCUCUAAUGUUUGGAUCAAUGACGACAUCCGUCCGUUGGAGCCAGAGCGUCGAACAUGGGACACCAUGACCUUUAUAUCUUUCUGGUUGGUGAACCAGGUUGCCAUAUCCAACUGGCAGCUGGGCGCUUCUCUUGUCGCCACCGGCCUCAGUGUCUGGCAGGUCAUUGUGGCUACCUUGAUCGGCAAGGUCAUCAUCAGCUUGGUCGCGAUCUUCAAUGGUUACACAGGUGCUGAAUGGCACAUCGGCUUCCCUGUUGUUUCGAGAUAUAUCUGGGGUCCAUACGGAGCCUUCAUCGCCAUCGUCCAGAGAAUUAUUCUCAGUCUGGUCUGGUUUUCUGUCCAGUCGUGGACAGGCGGUCUCUGCAUCUCAGUCAUCUUGUCUGCAAUGUUUCCCAGCUUUCAAAGACUCGGAAACGUAUUUCCUGCAUCGUCUCAUCUCGAUACGAAGCAGUUCGUUGGCUGGAUUCUUUUCAAUGUCGCCAUGAUCCCAGUUCUCUGGAUCCACCCUCACAAAAUCAAGAGAGUUCUCCUUAUCUUCAACAUCAUUGCGUCGGUCACGCUCAUUUCCAUCAUGAUUUGGUCUCUAGUUGAAGCUAAAGGGGGUGGCCCUCUCCUUUCCGAGAGUGCAACACCAAUGAGCUCUCAUGACCUUGGCUGGGCUAUCACGUCUGGUGUAACAACUGUCAUUGGCGGCAUAGCAGUAGGACUGACUAAUGCAAAUGAUUAUACCCGAUUUGCUCAAAAGCCUGGUGAUCAAGUGUUUGGGCAGUGGUUUUCCAUCAUCUUUUUCGGCACACUCUUUCCUCUCUUUGGCUGCCUUGCAGCAUCAGCCACUCAGGGCAUCUGGGGGGAGGCCAUCUGGAAUCCCCCCUUAAUAUGCCAAGAGUGGCUCGACAGAGACUACUCAUCUGGUUCAAGAGCCGCGGCAUUCUUUGCUGGCUUAGGCCUUGUCAUGUGCCAGAUUGCGAUCAACGUGGUUGACAACGCAUAUAGUGCUGGUAUGGAUCUCGCUGGUCUCGUCAGCUCCUAUAUCAACAUCAGGCGAGGUGCUUUUAUUGCUCUAGUCUUGAGCGUUGCCAUGUGCCCGUGGGAGCUUCUUUCUUCAGCCAGCGUCUUCAUCUCCGUCUUGUCUGCGUACAGUGUUUUUCUUGGGCCGAUUAUUGGCAUUCAAGUCUGUGAUUACUGGCUGAUCCGUUCCCGCCGCAUCAAAUUGUCCCAUCUCUACAAUCCUGGUCCUACCAGCAUUUAUUAUUUCAGUUAUGGCUUUAACCCCAGAAGCUUCAUUGCUUGGUUCCUUGGCUUUGUGACUCAACUGCCUGGAUUUGCAGCUGGUGUGACCCCCAACAAAGUCAAGGUUGGCGAGGCUUGGCAUGAACUAUUUUAUCUUGCAUUCCCUCUCGGGUUUGCCAUCUCAUUCGCUGCCCAUUACGCUAUCAAUCGUGUGUUCCCGCCCCCUGGUUUGGGACUUGUUGAUGACAUGGACUACUUCGGGUCCUUUACUGAGGCUGAAGCCAUCAAGUUAGGUAUGGGCCUAGGAUCGGAGGGAAGUGAGAAAGACGCUGUGAUUCAAGGUGUACCUGUUCAAAUGAAGAGUUGAUUAUAUACACAUCUACCUUUCUUAUAAUAUAUGGAACUGUACCAAUGAAGUGAUGGUAUAUAGUGGUCUUUGUUUGGUACACCGA